AUGACAAGUCCGGCUAGUAGAAAAGUAGCAGUUGCUUUAGAUCCAGGUUCAGAAGAAACAGAGUACACAAUAGAUUGGAUUAUAGAAAAUUUCUUAAAACCUGAUAGAGAUGACGUACACUUGGUUUCUGCUUUAUACCUUAACUCAGAUUUCGAUGUAACAGAAUUGGGCAUGAACAUUAAUUAUGCUGCUGAAUAUGUUAAAAAAUGGGAAAAUGAAAUUGAAGGAAAAACGCGAAAAUCAAUGGAACCAUUUGUUGAAAAACUCAAAGCAGCUAAUAUAAAUUGUAAAGUUGAAAUAAUAAAAACCCAAUCAGAUUCACGUAAUCUUAUAGUUGAUUAUACUGAAAAUGAAAAAGUUGAUGUACUUGUUAUGGGAAGUAAAGAUUUGACUUUGUGGAAAAGAUUAUUUUUAGGAAGUUUUUCGGAAUAUUGUCAACAUAAUGCACAUUGUCCUGUUUUAAUUGUUAAAAAACCUAGGAAAUAA